GCAGGAGGAAAGGCAUGGACACCGGAUGCCACGAGCUCAGAUCAAAACGUUAUAUAUCCGACGGUCUGUGCACAACUCCUAAGCCAAUCAACGAAGUGGUAUGCGCCGGCUGGUGCAUGAUGCCGCCUGGACAAAUACCCGGUCAACAGUCUCCGACUUUCAUGUCGAAGAUUCACUGGCAAGAGUGGGCAACCAGACAGAAACAGAAGAAAUCCGGCUCCGCGAUCCCAACUCCGUUCCUAAUAAGCAACGACACCAUAGCAACCCUUCUGCCUCAGACAUGGCGGUGUACGGAUGGAGCUUCCAAGAAAAGGAGAGUGACGCUGAUCUGUAAAGAUGGGUCACGGCGUGUCUACCGCGUGAAGGUGGUCAGACGAUGCAAGUGUACCAACAGACAGGAGCAGAAACUGAAGGGAAAGAACGAGAGGACCCGACGACGUCUGGACCGGUCCAAGAAGGGCAAUGCUUGAGGAAACACUGCAUCAUAUCGAGUGUUAACAAAUUAACAGUAGAUGCCAACUAUGUAACAAAUUUGUUUCGAGGUGACGGACACCCACGAGGUCUGUUUCCUGAAUCUUUUCAAAUUCUCCCACCGACCGUUACCUUGGGAAUUAGGGCCACGUGGUUUUGUUUUGAUUGCCACAGAUUGAGAGGAGAAGAAGAAGAAUAAGAUUCGUGCUUUACCAAAA